AUGGUAGAAGGAACCCGUCUUCAAGAGCUCGACGAGAGCUUACUUCUCCGGUGGAGGAAGUUGAACAACGCCAAGAGAACGAGACUCAACAAAUCCAUAGAUGAACUCAAAUCCUUGAUUGGAGGACUUAGUGUUCAAUAUAGGAAAAUGCUAUCUUCCAAGAAUGUUGAAGAAACCUCACAAUUCAAUCAAAGAGAUAUUGGAGACAAAAGAAACACUCAUUUCUCUUAUGGAUCAUCCCACAAACUUGACUUCCCAAAAUUUGAUGGUAAAGAUUUCGAGGUGAAGUCGGCUACCUCUCAACUAAGUGAAAGGGCCCUACAAUGGCACCAAGGGUAUGUUAAGCUUCAUGGAUUAGCUACAUAUGAAGACUGGAAAAUGUAUAUACGGAGCAUGAGACCUCGUUUUGGGCUCUAG